CGCCCCCGACGGACCGCACCAACCGCCCCGCGGGGAUGGAGGGGGGGAGCCGGGGCGCUCCCGCACUGAGCGGCCGGGUGGGCGCGGCCGGGGGCGGGGCCAGCGGGUGCACGCGGCGGCAUGGAGGGGCCGGUGCGGUUCCAGUGUCCCCCCGAGUUCGAGGCAGCGACCCCCUCGCCCCCCCCCGGGCUGCAGGUGGGGGCCCUGGGGGGUCCCUCCACUGAGCUCUGGCUCAUCCGCGCCCCCACUGACUUCUGCCCCGAGAGCCUGGAGGGCUGCGCGGUGCCACUGGACGGCUGCGGGCAGCUCCAGCCCCUCGGGGACGGGGACAGUGACGGUGACAGGCGGCUCUACAGGCUGCAGGGAGUCCUGGGGGGGGCCGGCAGCGCUCUCCUCCUGGCCCCCGACUCCCCCGCCGGCCCCCUGGCUUGUGCCCCCCGCUUCCGCGGCUGCCUCACCAUCACUGAGAGCUUUGGGCCACCCCCCGGAGUCCCAGUGACUGUCCCCACGCCUGACCCACCCCUCGCCAAGAGGAAGAAGAAGAAGAAGACGACGACGAAGGAGCUGCUGGAGGUGCCCGAGGUGUCAACGCCGGGGAGGGCAGCGCCUGGCGAGGGGAGGGAGCACGGGCCAGGACUCCCCCAGGACAUUGGGAUGGCUCCUGGGGAGCCAGAGGUGCCCAAGAGGAAGAAGAAGCGCAAGCGGGAGCGGCCGGAGUGA